AAUAAAAUGUCCACGGAUCGCAUACAUACACGCAUACAUCAUAAUUUCGUAGAAAUAAUAUCGGAUUUCUUUCUAUGAACACAAAAAUCUGGCGUUGUUUUACAAAUAUGCUAAAAGCAGCGACAUUCACGGUUUCGUAAAUUUAUCCUUCAAGUUAUCAAGUUUACCACGAUAACGAUUAGGAAUAAACGGUUUAUCGAAAAUUUGUGUAUAUUGAAAUUUAUUGGCAGUGGUAGCCGUAUCGCACGAAGGACAGGAGUGGGGGAAACAUAGCUGAUUAUACUUUCCAUGGUUUAUACACCAGUUCUGUAGUCUCAUUUAGCCUUGUAACAGUGGCUGAGACCGGUUGUGGAUACUGUUUGUUUAAUAACUAGAAUUUUCAUUAUUAAACCACAAUGUCUCUUGUAGAACAAUUUGAGAAAGCUGCGGAAGAAGUGAAAGAACUGAGUUCUCAACCUUCGGACGCUGAUCUACUCGAGCUUUAUUCAUUGUUUAAACAAGCAACUGUUGGCGACUGUAACACAGCAAGGCCAGGCAUGCUAGAUUUCAAAGGCAAAGCGAAAUGGGAUGCUUGGGAUCGUAUAAAGGGCAUGAAUCAAGAUUCUGCUAAGGAGAAAUACGUUCAAAAGGUGAAACAGUUGGUAUCUUCCAUUGGAAAGAAGUAACGUCUUCAAGGAUACAUUGUAUAAAACUUACUUAUCAACUUCCAUAACUUUUAUACUCUUAUCAAUGCGGAUGUACUAUUUUUUUGUUCAACUUUUUGUAUAGCAGGGUGGAAGACGUUUUAGAUACUUUAUAUAGAGUUAUUUAGCUUAGUUGUUUCUGAAAUAAUUUGUUACUUCAAAAGUAAUCGUUAUCUCGUGUUGACGAUUAUAAUUGAAAAGUUUAUACGGCCACAGGAAUUGAUAAGUCAGAAAUCGAUGAAUUAAUUCAAGAUUAUUAUUUAUCCUGGUAGCUGGAUUUAUUUCGCUAUCAAUGAUUCGUUAUUUACAACGCCGAUACUAAGCCAGCGUGUUCUCUUUACACAACGAGACGUGACUGUUACGUACAUAAUUCUUUAGAGUACAUCAAUAACGUUUAUCAAUACCUUCUCAAGGCGCAUAAUGUUAAAAGUAUUAAGAAGAAACGAAAGAAAGAAUUCUUUUUUUUUAAAGAAAACUUUUACACCUUUUGCUUAAUCUGUUUAUAUAAUUACAAUUAUUCAGAUGAAUCCAUUUAUGUAUGGAUUUGUAACUUCAUUGACCUCUCUCUGAAUAAAACAUAAGAAAUAAAUAAAUGUUACUUUGAUACAACAGAAUGUUGGUUCUAAAAGAAAAACACAUCCCAUCUAAAAGAAAUACUGUCUAUGAUGAAUGAAAAGUAUCGAUGAGAAACAUGUGGUGAAUGGAAUCAACAAAAAAAGUUUAUGAUAUUUUAUAGUAUAUUAAUUAAUGUAUUUUCUCCACGUAAGUAUGACAUUUCUUCCUUAUCAUUAUAUACACAUACGCAAGAAACUAACUAAGAAAAAAACAAAUAGGAUUACGACACUUAAAAUUUUUUCAGGGGGUAGACAAUUCCUGGAACAGAAACAUCUAACCCAAAUUACAGUUCGACUAAAGAGGAACAGAUUAUUUUCAACAUGAUCAUUUUCAAAAGAAAAUUAGAAAAAAAUAUUUGUAUUAAUUAAUUAUGAACGUGGUCGUAAUACAAUUUUUACCCUCCGAGGUUAAUGGUUAUGGCUGUAAGAGUUAAACGUGUCCCUAAAUAAAUUUAUAUAUCAAUGCGAGAGAAGCACAUCCACGUGUGUAUCUUAUUCGCAGAAACAUUUAUAUGUAAUUAGAGCGUAUCGCACGUUAAACUCGUUAAAAUCAGUCGUAGCAUUUCAUUUUUUUUUUUCUUUUCACUUUUCAUAUUCUCGCGACUUACAUACGAGUAAAAAUCUAAUUAAUUAUAACUUACGAGAUAUUAUGAAUUAUAAUCCGCUAAGAAACUAAGGAUAAGCGAAACUUACCGUGGAUAAUUAUAAACGUUAACACGCCAGAUUUUGAAACUAAAAGUGACGCGUCUAGUAAAAACGCAAGAGAAUGUGUGAAUGAAAAUUUCUCUAUUAUCAUUUUCUUUUACGAAUGAAAAAAUUCGAAUAAGAAUGUUCAGUAGAAUUCCUUACAACAGGCUACUUUGCAAAGAAUUUAUUCAUUGUUUUAAGAGACAGAGAUAUGAUCGGUGAAUGCUAAUCGGUCAACUUUAUAUACCGAUCGUAUUCGAACAGCAAAAAAUAACAACAUGUUAUCUGACAAAAUUUACAUCUGAUUAAUGGUCAUGUAUAUGUAUGCGUGUAUGUAUGCAGGUGUAUCUGAUCCAAAAGAAACGAAGAGACCAAAGAAUAAAAGAAAAUUUAAAAAAAAAAAAAAAAAAAAUAAA